AUGGCUCCGUCUCGAAUCAACGUCGAAAUGGUAUCGGAAAGACAGUCCGAGGUCGUUACCAAACUUUCUACUGAUGCGGGGCAGCAAAUACCACUUUCGGAAGAAGACGAUAAGAUGGAAACCAAUUCAAUCGACCAAGACGAAAUCCAAGAAGAUGCAGGAUUUGAGGUGGAGGAAGAAGAAGAAGAAAUCUCACUCGACAAUUAUGAACAACUCAAAGAACUCUAUAGAAACUGCCACUCCAGUUCGGGAGGAAACCGCUAUAGUUAUCUCGUCAACUGCUCGCCCUAUAACCGACAAAACGAACAUCCACAUUCAAAUAUUCCAAAACAUCAUAUCGCCACACACUCGCAAUCACGGUAUCUGAACGCUCUACAAAGCGCAGCAGCGCACUCGGAUGGACUGGGCGAUAUGUUUCAUCGCGCUCCGGGAACAGUCACAUUUACUUUCGUGGCACUCUUGAUUAUCGCCAUUUUGCUCGUUGAGAUGGUCGACAUCUUCUGUUAUCGACGCCGACGAAGGUCGCGUGACGAAGAAGAAGAAGAAGAAGAUCGGCACCGCAGAGUGAGAAGAAGGCGGUUACGAACAAGGGCUGUCCGGAUCCCCACCGUUACAGUCGUUGAUGUUAGUCAGCAACCCUCUGCAGUCUCGGCUAUUGGCCCCACAACACCAACAAUUUUGUCCACAUCGUUGACUGCAACGAAAGAUACUUCAUUCUUUGACACACUCACGCUCAACUCUCACCAUCGUCCCAUAACCUUUUACGACAAGGUCCAGCGCAUCAUCACAAUGGCCAAGGCAAAGAAAACCGGUGACACCAUCUCCAGCCGUUUGGCUUUGGUCAUGAAGAGUGGAAAGGUCACCAUGGGCCAGAAGUCUACUCUCAAGUCCCUCCGCUCCGGCAAGGCCAAGCUUAUCCUCAUCGCUGGAAACUGCCCUCCUCUCCGCAAGUCUGAGCUUGAGUACUAUGCUAUGCUCGCCAAGACUCCCGUCCACCACUUCAGCGGCAACAACAUUGAGCUUGGAACUGCCUGUGGUAAACUUUUCCGCUGCUCCACCAUGGCCGUCCUUGACCAGGGUGACUCCGACAUUCUCUCCCAGGAGGCUUAA